AUGCACAGCACCAACUCUCGCGAGAGCCACCUGUGUUUCCCAUCGCCCUGCAGGAGGACACCGGAGAGGAUGUCUGUGAACGAUGAGGGGUUCGUGGUGAGGAUCAGAGGGCUGCCCUGGUCCUGCACUCAAGAGGAAGUGGCAAGUUUCUUUUCAGAUUGUGACAUUGUUGGCGAAGUAAGUGGAGUGUGCUUCACUUACUCUAAAGAAGGUCGGCCCAGUGGAGAGGCAUUUAUUGAACUGAAAACUGAAGACGACUUCAAAAAUGCUCUGGCUAAAGACAGAGCUUACAUGGGGCACCGCUACAUAGAAGUCUUCAAGUCAAACCUGAGUGAGAUGCACUGGGUGCUGAAACGCUGUGGCCCUGCUGACUAUGACAGCUGCAGCGGCUGCAUGUUGCGACUGCGGGGACUCCCGUUUGGAUGUAGCAAGGAAGAAAUUGUUCAGUUCUUCUCAGGGUUGAGAAUCGUGCCAAAUGGGAUUACUCUGCCAGUGGACUACCAGGGGAGGAGCACAGGGGAAGCCUUCGUGCAGUUUGCCUCAAAGGAGAUAGCAGAAAAGGCUCUGGGGAAACACAAGGAAAGAAUAGGGCACAGGUACAUAGAGAUCUUCAAAAGUAGCCGUAAUGAGAUCCGAGCCUACUAUGAGGUGUAUUCUCGGCGUGGUCUGGGAGCACAGCGACCCGGACCCUACGAUAGACCAGUGAUGAACAGCCCCAGGGGAGGGUUUUAUGGCCCCAGCCCAGGACGUGGCGGUGCUCUGAUGGAUAAUGUCAGAGGAGGUGGUGGUGGUGGUUAUGGUGGAGGAUAUGGAGGCUUUGACAACUACAAUGGAAUCAAUAAUUACAAUUUUGGUAAUGGCAUGUUUGAUGACCGCAGCCGAGGGAACAGAGGUGACAGAGGUGGAAGAGGCCAUAGUCAAGGGAGCAGUGGUUCAGGCCUCCACAAUGGUCAUUUUGUCCACAUGAGGGGGCUGCCUUUCCGUGCAUCAGAAGGAGACAUAGCAAAAUUUUUUGCACCAUUGAAUCCUGUGAGGGUUCACAUUGAUGUGACUCACAAUGGAAAAGCGACUGGAGAGGCAGAUGUAGAGUUUUGCUCGCAUGAAGAUGCAGUCGCCGCAAUGUCCAAAGACAAAAACAACAUGCAGCAUCGUUAUAUUGAACUUUUCCUCAACUCUACGGCAAGUGGCUCCACUGAAACAAGUCGAGGAAGUGGCUAUUUCAGUCACUCUCGGAGCAGUGGUCUACGAUCAGUGUAUUGA